UUCCAGCUGAAUUCUGCGGGAUCGCAGCCCCGCACAGAUCUGAACCACCACUGAAAAUGAUAAACUUUUCGUAAAGCUUCACCUAUGCUGCAUUUCUCCUCUCGCUGUAGAUCUCCAAUUCUCAACCUCGAAGUCUCUCUCUUCUCUCUAUCUCUAUUCAUGGAGUUCGUACUACUGGAGAGAUCUUACUAGAGUGGUGUGGAAAAUGUCUAGUAGGAGUCUCAGAGAUUCGUUCGGCGGGAGGAACAUUCCGGUGGUGUCUCGGCACCGCCGUGGUCAAAGCUUGAACGGAGGGUUCCCGGCCAAGGAUUCCGAUGAGAAUCUGGAUCUCUUCUCCAGGAAUCGCCGUAGUUUCUCCGUUGCGUCGUCCGAUGAAUUUUCUGAUGUUUCUGUGAAAUUGGGGAGACUUUCAGUUGGACCAAUAAAAGUACCCAAAAGCGGGAUUGAUGAUUUACUCAACUCCACAGAUGGAGGAAAGCAUGAUUAUGAUUGGCUACUUACUCCUCCUGAAACUCCCCUUUUUGCUUCUUCGGAUGGGAUAGAAUCACACCCAACCACACUGGCUCCAAGAAGCAAUUCCACAGUUAGAUCAAUUUCUACCAUAAAAGGUUCAAGGCUUUCUCUUUCACAAUCCGAGAGCAAUCAUUCGGCAAGACCAACUAGAAGCAGUUCUGUAACUCGAUCUUCUCCCUCUACUUCUUAUAGUACAUAUUCCUCAAACAGAGGUCCUUCAAUUCUGAAUGCAAGCUCAGCCUCUGUCUCUUCUUACACUAGACCAUCCUCUCCCAUUACCCGCUCCCCUUCCAUAGCAAGACCAUCCACUCCAUCUACUCGUCCGACUCUGUCACGAUCCUCAACUCCUUCAAAACCCCGUCCACCUCUUACAAACUCUUCCAUUGACAAGACUCGACCAACCCAAAGUUCAAGGCCAUCAACUCCAAGUUCUAGGCCCCAAAUCCCUGCAAACUUGAAUUCCACAGUUGCUCGUUCAAAUUCUCGUCCAUCAACUCCCACUCGGCGGAAUUCGACACCUUCUCUAUCUUCACCAGCAAGCGCAUCAUCUUCAGUAGGACGUGUAGUUUCAAACGGUCGCAAUGUGGCUCCAGCAUCUCGAGCAAGCUCCCCUAGCCCACGAGUUCGGCCUCCACCACAACCCAUUGUGCCUCCUGAUUUUCCUCUUGACACACCACCAAACCUCAGAACAACUUUGCCAGAUAGGCCACUUUCUGCUGGUAGGUCUCGACCAAGUGUUUCUGUUACCACAAAGGCAAAUCAAGACACCAUAGGCCCUGUAAGUACAAGAAGACAUUCAUCACCCAUCAUAACUAGAGGAAGACUCACAGAACCCCCUGGAAGGGGUCGCAUCCAUUCUAAUGGGCAUGCAUCUGACAUACAUGAACCUCGGAAGACCUCACUCACAUCAGAUUUGGCAAUGCGGAAACCCGUGAAGUCUUCAAUGACUACCGCAGAGAGCAAUGGAUUUGGGAGGACUAUCUCCAAAAAAUCACUGGAUAUGGCUAUGAGGCAUAUGGACAUAAGAAAUGGCACAGGGAGCAUUCGGCAACUUUCAGGCACCACCCUCUUCCCUCAGAGCAUCCGAUCUGCAGCAGCCAAAACACAGCCUGCCCAUACAAUGAAUGCUUUAGACACCAUCAGUAUCAAUGGAAGCAUACAAAACAGUGACGUCUCAGAGAAUGGAAGCUAUAUUAGCAGACCAGUGGAGAAUGGAAGUGAUGUUAAUGAUGGAAGAUACAAUGCCAAGUUGGGUGAAGCGGACAUUUACGAGAGUUCUCGGUAUGAUGCAAUACUGCUCAAGGAAGACUUGAAAAAUACAAACUGGCUGCACAGCAUUGAUGAUAAAUCUGAUCAAGGACCUAUCUUUGACACCGGUUUUGAGCCUCUGCCCGAACCUUUUGGGCAAUUAUAGCAGCUAAGAAGAAGGGGUGUUUUUCUCUCAAUUCAUAAUUAUUUUUUUAAAAAAUAUAGCCUGUGCCUUUACAAUUAUUUGUUUAGUUGGAGAGAAUGUCAGCUUGUAUCCCUAAAAACAAGGGAGUGAAGAAGGCAAAUCAUUUGAGAGAGAGCAUGUUUUCUUUAGAAGAAAAAUCAAUUGCGUAAUUUGUCCCACUCAUGAUUUGUGUGGAUUAAAGUGAAACAAUUAACAGAAUCUUCUUACCUGUAGUAACAUCAGAAAUUUUUAUACCAAAGCAAUAUGUUGUUGA